GUUUUUUUAUAUAAAAAUUGUCAAAUGUUAAACGUGAAAAGGGUGUUUUUGUUGGGAAGAAAAGGUGGCUUUCAGUUUCAGCCCUCCAUAUGCUUGUGGAAACGACUCAAUCAGUUUUUUAACGGUAUUUCCCUCCAUUUCUUCCAAGUUUCCGACCCCUAAACCCUUCCAGCGCCACGCCGCCCCCGCCCGCCACAACAACCAUGUCGCAGACUGCCUUAGCACUCCCUCCUAACCCAAACCCCGCCACACCCACCACCCUCCACAGCCACCACACCCUCUUCUCAGCUCUCUCCUCCGCUACCUCUCUUACCCACCUUAAACAAGUCCACGCCCAAAUCCUUCGAUCCAAACUCGACCGCUCCACCUCACUCCUCGUCAAACUCGUCAUCUCCUCCUGCGCUCUCUCCUCCAGCCUCGACUACGCUCUCUCUGUCUUCAACCUCAUUCCCAAGCCCGAAACUCACCUCUGCAACCGCUUCCUGCGCGAGCUGUCGAGGAGUGAGGAGCCGGAGAAAACUCUUUUGGUGUACGAGAGAAUGAGGACGCAAGGAUUGGCCGUGGACAGGUUCAGCUUUCCGCCCCUCUUGAAAGCAUUGUCGAGAGUGAAGUCUCUGGUUGAAGGGCUGGAGAUUCAUGGAUUGGCUGCUAAGUUGGGGUUUGACUCGGACCCCUUUGUUCAAACUGGUUUGGUACGAAUGUACGCGGCUUGUGGGCGGAUUGCAGAGGCGAGGUUGAUGUUUGAUAAAAUGUUCCACCGGGAUGUUGUCACAUGGAGCAUUAUGAUUGACGGAUAUUGUCAGAGUGGCCUUUUCAAUGAUGCUUUGCUGCUAUUUGAAGAGAUGAAGAACUAUAAUGUGGAGCCUGAUGAGAUAAUGCUUUCUACAGUUCUUUCUGCUUGUGGCCGUGCUGGAAAUUUAAGUUAUGGGAAAAUGAUCCAUGAUUUCAUUAUGGAGAAUAAUAUUGUGGUUGAUCCUCAUUUGCAGAGUGCUCUUGUCACCAUGUAUGCAAGUUGUGGCUCCAUGGAUUUGGCUCUGAAUUUAUUUGAGAAGAUGACACCAAAAAACCUUGUUGCUUCAACUGCUAUGGUUACUGGGUACUCAAAACUUGGACAGAUUGAAAAUGCUCGCUCAGUUUUCAAUCAAAUGGUUAAAAAGGACUUGGUCUGUUGGAGUGCUAUGAUAUCUGGUUAUGCUGAGAGUGAUAGUCCUCAAGAAGCUCUUAAUUUGUUCAAUGAAAUGCAAUCUUUGGGAAUAAAACCUGAUCAAGUUACCAUGUUGAGUGUUAUCACAGCUUGUGCUCAUCUUGGUGCAUUGGAUCAAGCCAAAUGGAUCCAUUUAUUUGUUGAUAAGAAUGGUUUUGGGGGAGCUUUGCCUAUUAACAAUGCCCUUAUUGAAAUGUAUGCCAAAUGUGGGAGUUUGGAGAGAGCAAGAAGAAUUUUUGAUAAGAUGCCCAGAAAAAAUGUGAUAUCCUGGACCUGCAUGAUCAGUGCCUUUGCCAUGCAUGGGGAUGCCGGUAAUGCAUUGAGGUUCUUCCAUCAAAUAGAAGAUGAAAAUAUUGAACCCAAUGGGAUUACAUUUGUUGGUGUACUUUAUGCUUGUAGCCAUGCGGGAUUGGUUGAGGAGGGUCGCAAGAUCUUUUACUCAAUGAUUAAUGAGCACAACAUCACCCCAAAACAUGUGCACUAUGGUUGCAUGGUAGAUCUCUUUGGCCGUGCUAAUCUCCUUAGAGAAGCCCUUGAGCUUGUAGAGGCUAUGCCUUUGGCACCAAAUGUUAUCAUCUGGGGAUCUUUGAUGGCUGCUUGCCGAGUCCAUGGUGAGAUUGAAUUAGGAGAAUUUGCAGCAAAAAGGCUUCUUGAGCUAGAUCCAGAUCAUGAUGGGGCUCAUGUGUUCUUGUCAAACAUCUAUGCCAAAGCAAGGAGAUGGGAGGAUGUUGGACAAGUGAGGAAAUUGAUGAAACAUAAAGGGAUUUCUAAGGAAAGAGGAUGCAGUAGAAUUGAACUGAACAAUGAAAUACAUGAGUUUUUGGUGGCAGAUAGGAGUCAUAAACAUGCAGAUGAGAUAUAUGAAAUGCUAGAUGAGGUGGUUAGCAAGUUGAAGCUGGUUGGUUAUUCUCCAAAUACCUGUAGCAUUUUGGUUGAUUUAGAAGAAGAAGAAAAAAAGGAAGUGGUUCUAUGGCACAGUGAGAAGUUGGCGCUUUGUUAUGGGCUUAUGAGGGAUGGAACAGGGUCUUGCAUACGUAUAAUUAAGAAUCUUAGGGUCUGUGAGGACUGCCAUACCUUUAUUAAGUUGGCAUCGAAGGUGUAUGAAAGAGAGAUUGUUGUCAGAGAUAGGACUAGGUUUCACCAUUACAAAGAUGGUGUAUGUUCUUGUAAAGAUUAUUGGUAACUAUAUAUGUAUUUCCAUUAAAUAAUAACCCUCUAAUGACUAAUAAUAGUGAGAAGCACGAGCUCUUUUUAGUUAAACAAAAUUUGUGUGCAUUAGAAGAAAUUCAAGCUUGAAAAUUUGAUCCA